AUGAUGUUACAACAAUCUUUUCCAUAUAAUAACAAUAAUAAUAAGUUUUCCCCAGAACAAAGAAAGGCUAUCAUAGAACAUUUAUUAAUAACCAAAAAUUCUUUGCCCCAUAAGGUAUAUCCACACGUUCCAUGUAAGUUUUAUAGGCAAGGGUCUUGUCAAGCUGGUGAUAGUUGUUCAUUCUCUCAUGAUCUUAAUAAAAGGCCAAAUGUUUGUAAGUAUUUUAAAAGAGGUGAGUGUAAAUUUGGUGAUAAAUGUUGUAAUUUACACAUUGCUCGUGAUGAUACUCUACGUAAUAUACCUCGUAUUAAUACCAAUUUCGAUUAUCCUGAUGUAGUACUAAAACUAGAAAACACUGGCAUUACAGGUGAUAAUAUUGAAAAUAUGCGUGAUAACACAGUGGGAGAAGGCUUUGAUGAUCAGGACGAAAGUGACGAUGAGCUUACAGAUUCGUUUUUUUUACCUUCUGAUUUAUCAAAUUUAUUAACGACAGAACAACAUCAGAAACAGCAUGAUUACCACAAUCGCAGUUUUAGCAGUGUAAGUAGUAGUAGUCACAGUACAACCCCUUUAUUAAAUACACCAACUACUAGUACAGGCGCUAACAGUACCGUGAGUCCUUCUGCUGGCUUUGUAUUAACUCCGAUUGUUAAACACUGUUCUAAUGGCAUUACCCAAGACCCAUACUUUUUAUUGAACAGUAAUAAUUUUAAUGCUAAUACUUACCAUCAUAAUAUUGAUAAUAAUAAUAAUAAUACAACGCUAAUGAAGCAACAACAUAAAAAUACUUUGGAUGAAAACGAUAAUAGUACCCGUGCCAUUUUUAAUAGCACUAAUUACAAUUAUUAUGAUUGUAAUCAAUAUGAUCACAAAUAUUCUAAUGAUUCUUAUCAUUAUUCUUACCAGCAGAAUAGCAGAUAA